AUGAUAUCCAGGGAUACCCAGACCCAUGCCAACGGGGUGGUGAAGAAUGUGAUGCAGGCAGCCAAGCGCUCUCUGGCUCGACCGAAGGAUAGAAAAUUGCCAUUAUCAAAAUCACUUCUGGAGCGCCUCCAUCGGGAACUGUCAAGCUCAUCACUGCAAGACCUGCAGACCCUAACCAUCAAAGUACUGGGUUAUGCCGGUAUGAUGAGGUGGGAUGAUUUGGCCAACAUCUUCGUGGAUGAGGUAGCCAUCAAGUCAUCACAUAUGGCGGUCUUCCUGCAAGUUCGCAAGAACGACCAACUGAGGCAAGGUAGCUGGGUGUUCAUCAGCCGAUGGGAGAGUGACCUGUGCCCGGUAUCGCUAGUGAAGCAUCUGAUUGAAAAAAGAGGGCACCAAGGUCAUGUCAAGCUGUUCGGGCGUAUAGCUCGUGUAAAGGGCAGGACCGCCAUCAAGCACUCGCUAUCCUACAGUAGAGCAAGAGAGUUAGUGCGUGAAGCUCUGAAGCGUAUCGGCGUAAACCCAGAUGGGUAUGGUUUACACAGUUUGAGGUCGGGAGGUGCAUCCACGGCUGCUGCAGCAGGAGUACCAGACAGGCUCAUUCAGCGACAGGGAGGAUGGAGAAGUGAUGCUAUGAAGGCUUACAUUCAGGAGUCCCUGCCCAAUCUGCUGCAGGUGUCCCAAGUGCUAGCUGUGUGA